AUGAUUUAUCAGUGCUUUAGAAAUAGUUUUUUAUCACAAUUAGCGGCACAUGUAGUCAACAGAGACAGCACAGGGACUCUCAGGGAGUAUACGUAUAAUAAACGUCAAUCAAAGUUACAGAUAAAUGGACAUAAUGACAGUUAUGAUUGGGACGUUAACCAGUGGUGGUCACAAAACCGUCUUUUUGAUGACCAAACCAUAAGCCCAGCAAAUAUAAAAAAUUUAAAAUUUUCAUUAACUAAUUCAAAGAUCUCUGAGCUCAGGGAUGAACAGUGGAGUGAACUGUGGUCUCCUUCGGACAAUAUGUUUGAGUUGUUUGAAUCCCAGGAAUCGCAAAAUACUAGGAAAGGUGUGAUACCUAUGAGUUCAGUGGACAGUAUUAAGGAUACAAUACUGAAGUACUUUAGUCACGUCCGGAGCUAUAGAGGAGAUCGAAGUUAUUAUCGCAAACUUAAGCGAACACUUAAAGAUACUUUCCUGCAGUUGGGUCUGACCACUGCUUUACAGAGUUUUUGGCCAAAAGAGAUGCCGAAAGUCAAUAGCCGUGACAAAGCGCACAACAUUAUAGGCAUUUGGCCGGGCACUCAACGGGGAACACCUAAAGAUAAAAUCAUUGUCAUCGGUGCCCACUAUGACACCGUUAGUUCAUCGCCCGGAGUCGAUGACAAUGGUUCGGGAUCGGCAGCUGUCCUCGAAAUUGCCAAACUUGUUGCGCAAAAUAAUUGUAAAUUAGAUAAGACACUGAUGUUUGUAUUGUUUGAUAUGGAAGAAGAUGGUCUUAAAGGAAGCAAAUAUUUUGUCAAAGACUAUUUGAUUCCCAUUGAAGUCAUCAAAAAUGGUGCGCAAGUAAUGGCUGUUAUUGUGAUGGAUAUGAUCUUAGAGCACGACUCCACCCGAAACAGUCAAUCGUUGGGAACAAUAGCUAAUGUAUUGCCUGAUUGGGGGACAGAAAUCAAACAAAACGGAUAUCGGGGUGACUUUGCAGCCGUUUGGGCCCGAAAAGGGGUCGACACCAAAAUAUUUGAUAAAUUGCAACAAAAUUGGCUCAAUAGUGACAAAUACGGACUAUCAUUAAUGGCACCGGCAUUGCCUGAGUUGGGCUCACAAGUGGUCGGACGAUCGGAUCGACGACUAUUGAAAUACCAAACAUUUCUUCGUUCAGAUCACGCCUCCUUCUGGUAUCCGCCACAGAAAUAUAUGACAUUUCCAGCCAUUUUGAUCACUGAUUUGGGUCCGUGGAGACGGAAUAUGAAAAAUAAAUAUCACCGAUCGGGUGACGACACACGCAGUCUCAGCGAUGAUAAUCUGGCGUUUCUCAAGAAUACCAUCGAUAGUGUUAUUAAUACAAUAUUUGAUUUAAGUAAAGGAAAGUGCGAUAAAUAA